AUGGGCGUAAUCGAAGAGCAGCGCUACCUCCACGAGGACCUCGAGCGCCUCGAGCAGGGCAUCGCAGACCGCAUUAGCGAAGAACCAAAACACAUCCGCGACCGCCUGAACCGCGACCACGAGAUCGGUCAGCUGCUCGACCAGAUCCAAUCCCAGUCCGUCAAGCUCCUCGACAUCUACCGCGACGCCGACGGCUCGCGCAGCCGCGAGAUCCAGACCAUCGGCACCGGGGACCCCUUUGAGGAGUUCUACAGCCAGCUCAAGACGGCGCGCGAGCAUCACGCCAAAUACCCAAACGAACAGGCUGAGAACUCGGAGGUGCGGUACCGCGUCAAGAAGCCCGAUGACGGCGACGUCAUGCCCUACAUUGUCGACCGCCUCUUCACCGGCGAGGAAGGCUUCGGCCGCUUCUUUGACCUGCACACCUCCCACGAGGCCUACCUCAACCUCCCCAACGUAAAGCGCCUGUCGUACCUGCAGUACCUCGAGGUUUUUGACAACUUCGCGCCCGGGUACGGCGGCCUGAAGCGCGGCGACAAGCUGACGGAUCAGUACUUCAAAUACGUCGGCGAGCUGGCGUCGUACCUGGAGUCUUUUAUGCGGCGCACGCGGCCGCUCGAGAACCUCGACAAGGUGUUUCUGGGAUUCGACGGCGACUUUGAGGCGGCGUGGGAAAAGGACGAGGUUUCGGGUUGGCAAAAGGAGACGAGCGGCGGCGGCGCGAAUGGUACCGCACGGGAGACCAGCUCAGCAGACGCCAUCUGGUGCGACGACUGCGAAAAGGAGUUCAAGAACGAAAACGUCUACAAAUCACACAUGACGGGCAGGAAGCACAUCAAGGCCGCCGAGGCAAGGAAAGCGCGCCGCGAGGAAGAAGGCGAGGAAGAAACCCUCGGCAGCACAAACAAGGUAUCAGCAACGAGGCUGAAGGAACGGGCCAUCGCGGAGCGCGAGUACCGCGUCAAACGCCUCGCGGCAGCAAUGAGCACGGAGCGCGGCGACACGCGCGUAAACGUCGAGCGCAGACAGGGCAUGACGGAGCGCGAGCGCCAGCAGGAGCUGGAAAACAUAAUGAACCUGUCGUACUCUGCGCCCGGCAGCGGUGUGGCGCACCACAACGGCGGCGGCGGGGACGGCGAAGACGACGACGAGGACGGCGAGGACGGCGAGGAGAAGAUUUACAACCCGCUCAAGCUGCCGCUCGCGUGGGACGGCAAGCCGAUCCCCUUUUGGCUGUAUCGUCUGCACGGUCUGGGCGUCGAGUUUCCCUGCGAGAUUUGCGGUAAUUUUGUCUACAUGGGCCGGCGGGCGUUUGACAAGCACUUCAACGAGGCGCGGCACGUUCACGGGUUGCGGUGUCUCGGUAUCACGAACACCAGUCUGUUCCGCGAUAUCACGAGCAUCGAGGAGGCGGUGAAUCUGUGGGACAAGAUCCAGCGGGAGGCCAAGAAGACUAAGGUUGACGAGGGGAGCGUGGUGCAGAUGGAGGACGCUGAAGGAAAUGUCAUGCCUGAGAAGGUGUACUACGAUUUGCAGAAGCAGGGUCUUUUGUAA